AUGGCGACUAAACUCCUCUCCCGCUACCCAUGGGCCACCAGCCCAUUCAUCGUGGCCGCGCCAAUGCGUGUCAUGUCCGGACCAGCACUUGCCCUGGCUGUCUCGGGUGCAGGUGGCCUGGGAUUUAUCGGACCCGGAAUCAAGACUCAAAACACGCACUGGGUGUCGGUUUUCAGCUCUGGGGGGGACGAUAUUGAAAUUGCGACCGCAGCUAUCCAGAAAUUUAAGCCCUGCGCUGCCUGGUUAUUCGCACCCCGCGACGGUCCGGAGGAAUAUGAUACUUGGUCGCGCCGGAUCCGCGAGGCCUCUCCGCAGACGCAAAUAUGGAUUCAGAUUGGCACAUUGAAAGAGGCGAAACAAUUACUCCAGAUUUCCGAGAAACCGGAUAUCGUUGUUGUCCAGGGGGCGGAGUCAGGCGGUCACGGUCGCUCAGAAGAUGGUAUGGGCAUCAUGACCUUGUUUCCCGAAAUUGCGGACGCUAUGGAAAGUAGCCAGAUUCCGCUUCUAGCAGCUGGCGGUAUUGCUGAUGGGCGUGGGGUUGCUGCGGCGCUUUGCUUAGGUGCGUCGGGGGUUGCGAUGGGUUCUCGGUUCCUGGCUUCUAAAGAGGCCCGGAUUAGCAAAGGAUAUCAGGAUGAGGUUGUGCGUGCGACAGACGGCGCGACAGCAACGAAACGAACUUUGCUCUACAAUCAUCUCAGGGGCACUUUUGGAUGGCCAGCUGGAUACAGCCCCAGAACCAUCAUUAACCAAUCUUUCGUUGAACAUCAAGCAGGCACCCCAUUUGAAGAGUUGAAGAAGCGCCACGAUGAAGCUUCGAAGCUGGGUGAUGCGGGCUGGGGGCCUGAGGGAAGACUUGCAACCUAUGCCGGUGCCUCGGUCGGAUUGAUUCACGGUGUUCUAUCUGCCGAGGCCAUUGUGCAAGGCGUCCGAAAGGAUGCGCUACAGAGGAUCAAGUCCCUUGGCUCUGUCGGACUAUAA